GAACACCCGAAAAGAAUAUUACCAGGAAAUGUUAGCCUGCAUAAUUUAGCAUUACCGUCGGGACGAGAACAAGGCGAGGUCAGGUUAAACCAGAUCCUGGUUUAUGCGCUGGAAUUCAAGCGAACAUCGAUAGAUUUAAUCCAUUUGAGUGUCUAGCGCCAUUGGACACCCUUUUGGUUUUGUUGUUUGUGUUGUUUCUUCUCAUUUACGUGGAGUGCCGAGAUCGACAUGUCCAGGUCGGAUUUCCCACCGGGGUAUGACGAUUCCAGGAGUCCCCUGUAUGGCGGGCAGCCUGGGGGCUAUCCUGAGGCCCCAGCAUAUGGAAAUCCUGGUUAUGGGGGUCAGCCCCAACCACCUCCAUAUGGCCCCAAUGCAGGAAUGUACCCUCCUGGACCCCAGCCUCAGCCCACAGCCCCAUACCCUGGACAACCUGGCAUGUUUCCAAUGUCAGGAGCGGGGCCAGGCCAAGGGUACCCAGGCCAAGGGUACCCAAAUGCCAAUAUGCCACCCAUGAUGCCAGUUAUUCCCCCUGUGAUGCCCACCCCUCACUCUGCCAUAGGAGACUCUGAGGGCUUUGCAGCCUCUGGUGGAUGGGACAGUAUGACAGUCCGCCAUGCUUUCAUCCGAAAAGUCUACCUUAUUUUGGCCGCUCAGCUCCUUGUGACUGUCGGUAUUGUGGCUGUCUUCACAUUUGUGCAUGAAGUGCGUGUAUUUGUGAUCAGGUAUCCAGCAGUGUACUGGGCUUCCUUUGCUGUCUACUUUGUUACUCACAUGGUCCUUGUCUGCUGCCAAGGCCCAAGGAGACGUUACCCAUGGAACUUAAUUCUUCUGGCCAUUUACACCCUUGCCCUCUCUUACAUGACAGGAACCAUAUCAAGUUACUAUGAAACAAAAGCAGUGUUUCUGGCUCUUGGGAUAACGGUGGUUGUGUGCGUCAUUGUCACGGUCUUCUGCUUCCAGACCAAGGUGGACUUUACCUCCUGUGGGGGAUUGUUCUCUAUUCUGGGAAUUGUCGUCUUUGUGACCGGCAUUAUCACAGCCAUUGUGCUGUCAUUCAAAUAUAUUCCAUGGCUACACAUGGUGUACGCAUCAAUUGGCGCGAUUGCUUUUACCCUGUUUUUAGCCUACCACACACAGCUUCUCAUCGGAAAUCGCAAGCAUUCAAUCAGCCCAGAAGAGUAUGUCUUUGGAGCGCUGUCAAUCUACUCGGACAUUAUCCAGAUCUUCAUGUUCCUCCUGCAAAUCAUAGGGGCUUCUUCAAAAUAAGUCACAUAAAAAAGCCUGAAAGGACCUGCACUAAAGUUACUUUUUUCUGCCAAAAAAGGUCAAAAGGAUUUUUUUUUUGUGAAAAGCCUUGCAAAACAACAUCAAGUCAAGACAAGUUUCCUAUACCACUGAGAGCAUAUUGUUAAUCACAAAGCUGAACAAGAGCAGUUGCUUUAUUUGAAGAAGAGUUUGAAAACUCUAUAUUCAUCUGCAAUCUGCCCAGUCUAGUAAUGCUGGUGUAUAUUUUCAAGUGUUACUUUAUAUUAAAUGUAAGUAUCUUGCCUUCAUUUAAUGAAAAUAAAAUGAUCAUUUACACACAUAGCUUAUUUAAAAAUCAAGUCUUAUAUACAUGCUGUUCUAAAAUACUGAUUAUGUUUCCUGUUUUUCGUACACUUUCUAAAAGUGGUGCUUUAUAACAAAUGUUAGUCAGUACUGAAUCGGUUUUACAACUCACUGAUGUUCAGUGCUGAAACGGGCUUUUCAAGAUGCAAAAACAGUUGCUAUUGUGAUAUUACAAAUAUGUCUGUUGGAAUUUAAUAAAUAUACUUUUUCAUUUA